UAAAUAAUUCUUAUAAACAUCUGAAUUGGGAAAAUAAGCGAAUAAAAUGUCUAAUUAACAAUCUAGCAAACGCUCCACAGAAGUUCUAAAUUAAUUAAUGUGAAAACAUGAUAUUUGAAGCCAUAUUUAGAUAAAUUAAUGCUGAAUUUUGAGAGAACUCUUCAAUGACAGGAAUACCUGAAUCAGAUUUGGCGCUAGUUUACAAAAGGCUAUCUAUAUUCCCUUUGAAAAACGGCGGAAAAAAAAAAAAAAAAAGAAAAAGAAAAAAAAAGAAGGCAACCCUGCCGGUGCACUCACCACCGUCAGAGCAGAAUCUACCACUCGGUUACCAAACACGCGACAUGCUUAGCGGUACGGAUAUAAUGAACGACCUCUUCACGGUGAACAGCCGCUCACCUGCGGGAAGAGAUUAAUCGUAACGGAUGCCGUGAAAAUCACUUUGCUAGUUUAUACAGAUAAGGAUUGAACUGAUCGCACUUACCUCUUGGAAUAAGAUGUCGGGAUUGGACAAAGAUCGUUUCCACAGAGCAGCAAGAGAUGGUUUCUUGGAUCUGUUACGGGACGCAACCCGCAAAGAUUGUAAUGCACCGGAUGAAGAUGGAAUGACACCCACAUUGUGGGCAGCAUAUUAUGGAAAUUUAGAUGCACUGAGACUUAUUGUCGGAAGAGGGGGUGAUCCUGACAAGUGUGACCACUUUGGAAACACAGCUUUACACUGGGCAGCAGCUAAUGGUCACAUGAAUUGUGUUUCAUUCCUGGUCAACUUCGGCGUUUCAUUAUGGGCUUUGGAUAAUGAUUUUCAUACAGCAUCUAAUGUGGCAGCUAUGAACCAGCGAGAAGAGAUUAUUCGUUAUUUAGACGACGUAGUGGCCAGACAAAGUGCUCUUAACAAGAAAUUGGUUCAGAAGUUGAAAGAAAAAGCUGUGAUAGAAGCAGAAAAGAGGGUGAAACUGUACCAGAAGCUACAGAGGAAAGCUGCGAAGAAAGCCGAGAAAGAAGAGAAAGAAAUAGAGAAACAGAGACGGAAACUGUAUGGUUCGGAAUUUCAGCUGAAUGGUCUUAUUAGCAAAGCUUCCAGUCUCACUAUUUCGAGCAUAAAAAGGGAUGCUCGAAUCACUUACGCAUCGCCUAAAUAUUCUGAUAUUAUCAGUAAUGGUGCUGGCACUACAAAGAAAGGACUAGGUGCGGUGUCCAAAAGAAUACAGCAAAAGAAACAGAAUGUUGUAAUGACAGCAGCGGAUUUCAAAGUUAGAGAGACCGAAGUGAACGGCAAACGAUCCAUUCGGUCUUUAUCUGGGUUGCUCAGAGAUUCCGAAGUACUUUACGUUCCAAAAUACGAUACUCAAAGCACAACAUCUGGCCACACUCAUAGAAGACAUAUGAAAGAUGUCUUUGACAACAAAAGCGAGCUUUCUAGAGCUAUUAGUGAGCCGGAUUUUAUGCAUGCAACAGAUUCAGGAUUUGGAGAUGAAAUUGCCCCACUUGAGCCAUCCGGAAGCAUCUUCGAGAGACCGGGAUUCGGUUCAGUCGCAUUUAGGAACUCAAUGUCAGGUACUCUGAUGUCACUGCCGUCCACCUCUACGGAAGAGAAUGAUGAAGACUGCGACGAGGACUUAGACUCAACUCGAAUCAGCGAAAAAGAUUCCGACUUGCAAAACGACUCUGUGGAGGACAGCAUUGGAAGCGCUGGGAGCUUGGCGCAAAGGAAUAGUCAUCCACCAUGGGAAGAUGAUGAAGGACAUUUCGAUGAUGAUGAAGGUAUGGAUGCUUCGCCUAUGGUAGUCUUUCUCGUUGCGCAUGGCUUGAUGGAGUACACUACUGCUCUAGCCAAAGAAAAAAUUGACCUCGAAGCUCUGAUGUUGUUGACAGAAGAUGAUCUCAAAACUUUAGGACUUCCUUUAGGUCCCAGAAGGAAGCUGGCCAAAGCUAUUGAAGACCGAAAGUUAGCUAUGAUCACACCUGGUGAUCUGUUCGACUCCAGACUUUGAAUAUGUGUUAUAUAAUAUUGCUCUAUUUGUAUUUGUAAAAAGACAACGGACUGAGUUAUUAUACUCUGUUUCGUUCCAUUUGUAAAGUUAGCUAGAAGUCUGAAGCUCUACAUCUCUUCGAAGAAUCACGUGACUGACUGCAAUAAAUUUUUUUAAUGUUACAAAAUCUACGGAAGUCGCCAAGUAAACUUUUGUUAUUAAAACUUUGGGACAAUGUUAUGUAAAAAUGUUUUCAUAUGCAAUGCGCAAGAACUGUGAUAAAUAUUUUUUAUAUUGUUUUGUAGAUAGAAACUCUUUUUUUUAAUUUUGAAUAGUGUAAGCAAUUACAAUAAUGGCAAUAUGUUUUUAAAAAAAGCGUACUUUGCAAACUCAAUCAUUUGAAUAUUUAGUGUGGUAACAAACACAAAUUACAUGCAUUUAUAUCUCGGGUCUGUUAUGGAAUAUUAUGUAACGUUUUACUCUUAGAUGUGAAUAAUCAAAAAACUAUUCUGUGAAUGAAUGUGCAUUUCUGCUUUUAAGUUUUCACUGAAAGCUUUUAUGAACUUUACUGUAUAAGUUACAUUAAUAUUUUUUAUCGUCUUGGAAAAAGUUUUAGAAACAAACUCUCGAUCUUACCAAUAAUAUUUUAAAUUAUUAUCAAACGGAGAUUUUAAACGCAAAGCAUUCAGUUUUCAAGAUUUUAAACGCAAAGUCAUUAAAUUAUAUAUAUAUAUAUUAAUACAUAGACAUUGAACUUUAUAAUUUCUUACUCUAAACAGACAAAAAGCUUAUAUGUUUAUAUGCUUCUAUGUUAUCUUGUACAUUAAACUAAUUUAUAUGUUUAGAAUGUUUUAUGCAAAAAAUGUUUAUAAAUUAUCACUACUAAUAUUCAGCUAGAGUUAAUUUAUUUUAAACUGAAAGAGAAACUGAUUAACUGAAGAAAUUAAAAUCAUUAUUGUAUCUCAAUCAAAGAUCAGUAAGAACUUUGUUCACUCAUAAUCUUCUAAUAUUUAGUUAAUUCUUCUAAAAGCUUUAAGUUUGUACUUAAUUGCAAAUGAAUGUGAUUUUUUUUAAACAGGUAUUGAAAAUUAGUUUUAAAUUUACCAUCAGAAUUUUUGCAUUAUAACUAAUACAGUAAAUAAUAUCACAGUUGUUACUAUUAUGAAUAAUUUAUUCAAAAUGUUUUUUAAAAUGAAAAGUUUCGUUAUUUUUAACGUUUUAUUUUCGUAUGUACGUGUUAUUGUCAAAUCACAGUACUACUUGGACAAGAUAUUUUUUUUUUCUGGUAAAGAACUUUUUAAAUCUUUUAUAGCUUGAGGAAUUUAAUGAGAGCCAUUUUGAAACGAUUCAUUUAAAACAAAAAUGUUUUGCUACACCAAAAAAUUUAAUCAAGAACUUUCUAUGUGUAAUACUUCUUCAAAUUUAUGUACAAAUUUUUUACAAUUUUAUAAACUAUACUAUGCCAUGUUAACUGACGUAGCGAAAGGAAAAUAUCCACCAUAUUUUGUAACUCCGUGUUUUCCAAAGACUCUUCUUUUGUAAUAUUUUGUAAAUAAAGUUAACAAUCACAUCAAAA